AUGGACGUGGACAUGCCUACAAUCCCAACACCAGCUGUUCGGUCGGCAACCAACGGGGCACGUACUGGGCCUACUCCUCCACUUCGCCCAACCAAUGCGACUGUAUCGCCUGCCGCUUCUGGUAGUGGCUCACGAGCAGCCCCAUCAACGCCAUCCGCUCAAGUCGAGCCGCGUCGCAUCCGAUGCCCGCUAUGUCGCCGGAAACAUCGACUACAACAUUGUGGGCUCUUUAAGGAGCUAACGCCGACACAACGACAGCGUGUGGCACAAGCACAUGAGCACUGCCUCAACUGCCUGUCGCACACGCAUGGGACGCAGGAGUGUGCUUCUGCCGACCUAUGCCACACGUGUGGCAGACCACAUCAUACGCUGCUGCACAGGACCCCACGACGCGAUGUAGGUCGGCCAGCUGCCCCAAGCACGGGUAGAUCAACGUGA